GAUUCAGACCAGGGGCAGUGCCAGUUAUGUGGUUACCGGAUAGUGGCGUGUUGUACUUAGCUUUUGACCAUACGCAUCUGAUUUGUAUAAUGAUUAUUAUCAACAACCUCGGUACCUGCAAAAAAUGAGAGCGUAAAAGCAGAGCUUUUCACAGGGCAGAGACAAUUACAAAAGAUUGAAGGGUUUUGAGAUUUGCGAAGGACGGAGAGAUGGAAAAUGAAGCUGCCGGACGACGCUUGCAGAAGAUCAGCGCACAUUUGAACGCUUCGGCAAAUGAAUCCAAUUUAAAUGGACGCCUAAGCACUAAUUCCACAUCGGGAGAAUAUUACAUCGAUGAAGGUUACAGUGUCAUUCUUCCAGAGGAGUUGCAGACAGGAAAAUGGAAUGUUUACAGAUCAAUACGUUCUCCAUUGAAGCUUGUGGACGGAUUUCAACAUCAUCCCGAGAUUGGAACUCUGCAUGACAGUUUUGUGAAUGCUGUGAAUUCCUACCAUGAUUUUAAGUAUCUGGGAACGCGUAUACGUAUGGAUGGAACUGUUGGAGAAUAUAAGUGGAUGACAUAUGGAGAGGCAGGGACAGCACGGACUGCAAUAGGUUCUGGGCUUGUUUAUCAUGGAAUUCCAAAAGGAGCUUGCAUUGGAAUCUACUUAAUCAACAGACCAGAGUGGUUGGUCAUCGAAAAUGCAUGCGCGUCAUAUUCUUACAUAUCGGUCCCUUUAUAUGAUACAUUGGGUCCAGAUGCUGUGAAAUAUAUUGUAAACCAUGCUGAUAUUCAAGUUGUAUUUUGUGUACCUGAGAACUUGAGUAAUAUACUAAGCUUUUUAUCGGAUCUUCCCUCACUUCGUCUUAUUGUGGUGAUUGGUGGGACAGAACAACAUAUGGCUUCUGUUCAAUCCAAAGGUGGAGUAGGGGUCAUCUCUUAUUCCAAUUUACAAGAUCAGGGUCAUUCCAAUCCUCAACCAUUUCGGCCCCCAUUGCCAGCAGAUGUUGCUACAAUUUGUUACACAAGUGGCACAACUGGAACUCCUAAGGGAGCAAUAUUAACACAUGGAAACCUUAUUGCUAGCCUGGCUGCUUCAUUGCUUUCAAUUAAACUCUCUUCUGUGGAUGUCUACAUCUCUUAUCUUCCAUUAGCACACAUUUAUGAAAGGCUAAACACCCUUGGUAUGACUUUCAGUGGAGCUGCAAUCGGAUUUUACCAAGGGGACCAUCAGUUGCUAAUGGAUGAUUUAGCAGUCUUGAGACCUACAGUAUUUGCUAGUGUACCUCGACUUUACAACAAAAUAUAUUCUGGAAUUUUGAAUUCUGUAAGGAUGUCUGGAUCUAUAAAAGAACGGCUUUUCAAUGUUGCAUUCAAUGCUAAGAAGCAGGCAAUAAUGAAAGGAAAAGCACCAUCAGGUAUUUGGGACAAGUUAGUUUUUAAUAAAAUCAAGGCAAAACUUGGGGGCCGCAUCCGCAUGAUGGUUUCAGGGGCAUCACCAAUUUCUCCUGAAGUGAUAGACUUUCUGAGAGUUUGUUUUGGCGGCAGAGUUUCUGAGGGUUAUGGGAUGACAGAGACAACAUGUUUGAUCUCCCUUUCCGAGGAAGGUGACAAUUUAUCUGGUCAUGUGGGACCUCCUAAUCCUUCUUGUGAGGUAAAACUUGAAGAUGUUCCUGAAAUGAAUUACACCUCUGAUGACAAACCAUAUCCUCGUGGGGAAAUUUGUGUGAGGGGACCUUCUGUUUUUAAGGGAUAUUAUAAAGAUGAUAUUCAAACUCAGGAGAUACUUGAUAGAAAUGGUUGGUUGCACACUGGAGAUAUAGGGCUAUGGCUUCCUGGAGGGCGAUUGAAGAUUAUUGAUAGGAAAAAGAACAUUUUUAAGUUGGCACAAGGGGAGUAUAUAGCUCCUGAAAAAAUUGAAAAUGUUUAUGCUAAGAGCAAAUUUAUUGCACAGUGUUUUGUAUAUGGUGAUAGUUUAAACUCAAGUUUAGUGGCGAUUGCUUCUGUGGAGCCUGAUAUUUUAAACGAAUGGGCUACAUCCGAAGGCAUUAAGUUUGAGAAUUUGAGUCAGCUCUGCUCUGAUCCAAGGGCAAAGGCGGCUGUGUUGGCAGACAUGGAUGCUCUUGGCCGUGAUGCCCAGCUAAGAGGAUUUGAGUUUGUAAAAGCGGUUACAUUAGUUGCAGAGCCUUUCAGUCUAGAAAACGGGCUCGUUACUCCAACUUUAAAGAUUAAAAGGCCACAAGCAAAAGCUAAGUAUGCAAAAGCCAUAUCAGACAUGUAUCUUGCUCUUGAGCAGAGUUCUCUUCCACGAAGUAGUUUGUGAAGUGUUCAUACGCUCAGAAGUUGUAAAAUUCCACUUCUAGUUAAAUUAUUUUCCCCCUUUCAAAAAUUAGUUUGAAAGCAGUUGAUAAAUUCAUUUUGGAACUACAACAUCAUGUUCAUGUAACAGAAGGUUCCCUAUACCUUAGAAUUUGAUUCGAAAUGAUAAAUAAAGUUGCAUUUUGUUCUCCA